AUUUUUUUUUAUUAGAGAAUCUGUUAGGAACAGUAGGAGCCUCUAAUCUGUUUAUUUUUAUUUUUGUUUUUAUUUUUUGUAGAGAUUAAGAUAAAGCCCGCACAGAAAAAUGAAAGAGACUUGUGAAAGGCCAGCAUCAUCAUCUAGAGCCAAGAAACAAGCAGUAGCUAGCAUUUGGCAAGGACACUGAUGAUAAAGUUCCAGCUACCCGAUUUUCUCCACCAAUAUCGACAUCCGCAUGACAUUCUUGGAAAAUCUAUCAAUUAUUAUCAUAAUCCAAAGAUUCGUAUAAUAUGGAGUUUCAAAGUGGCAGAGAAAGAGGCACAGCCACCUUGUCAUCAUCUGCUGCAAGCAAUAAGAGACCUUUUGCUGCUACUACUAAAAGUAAAACCACCAUUGCCCAGUACAGUGCUGAUGCUGGGCUUUUAGCGGAGUUUGAGCAAUCUGGUGUCUCUGGUAAGUCUUUUAACUACUCAAGAUCAGUGAUUUCUGCUCCACAUACUGUACCUGAAGAACAAAUUACUGCUUAUUUAUCUAGAAUUCAAAGGGGUGGGCUCAUUCAGCCUUUUGGUUGUAUGGUUGCAAUUGAAGAACCCACUUUUAAGAUAAUUAGUUUUAGCGAAAACUGUUUUCAAUUACUGGGUUUGUGUUCAAAUUCUGACCUCGAGUCGAAGCAAGUAAAGGAUUUGAUUGGAACAGAUGCGAGGACACUUUUUACGCCUCAAUCGGGGGCUUCAUUGACGAAAGCUGCUGCUUCUAGAGAGAUUUCAACGUUAAACCCAAUUUUGGUUCAUGCUAGGACUACCCAGAAGCCAUUUUAUGCUAUACUGCAUAGAAUUGACGUGGGGAUUGUGAUUGAUUUGGAGCCUGCAAGGUCCGGUGAUCCUGUGUUAUCGCUUGCUGGAGCUGUGCAGUCACAGAAACUAGCUGUUCGUGCAAUUUCUAGGCUGCAAUCACUCCCUGGCGGUGAUGUUGGGGUUUUGUGUGAUUCAGUUGUGGAAGAUGUUCAAAAACUUACUGGCUAUGAUAGGGUUAUGGUGUAUAAGUUUCAUGAUGAUGAUCAUGGUGAAGUUGUGUCAGAAAUUAGGAGAUCUGACUUAGAACCUUAUUUAGGGUUGCAUUAUCCUGCCACAGAUAUCCCCCAAGCAGCACGUUUCUUGUUCAAGCAGAAUCGUGUGAGGAUGAUUUGUGAUUGUCAUGCCAAUCCUGUUAGGAUAAUUCAAAGUGAAGAAUUGAAGCACCCUCUUUGUUUGGUCAAUUCAACCCUUAGGUCACCCCAUGGUUGCCAUACUCAGUAUAUGGCUAAUAUGGGUUCAAUUGCUUCAUUGGUGAUGGCAGUUAUUAUAAAUGGGAACGAUUCAACCAAGCUAUGGGGGCUGGUGGUGUGCCAUCACACUUCCCCGCGCACUGUCCCUUUCCCUCUCCGCUAUGCAUGUGAAUUCUUAAUGCAGGCUUUUGGGCUACAGCUCUACAUGGAGCUUCAGUUGGCAGAACGGUCAGCAGAGAAGAGGAUAUUGAGGACCCAGACAUUGUUAUGUGACAUGCUUCUCCGAGAUGCUCCUUUUGGUAUUGUCACUCAAUCCCCUAGUGUUAUGGAUCUUGUGAAGUGUGAUGGAGCUGCAUUAUAUUAUGGAGGGAAAUGUUGGUUGCUGGGUAUAACUCCAACUGAAUCACAGGUAAAAGACAUUGCAGAGUGGCUGCUCAACAAUCAUGGAGAUUCUACUGGAUUGAGUACUGAUAGUUUGGCAGAUGCUGGAUAUCCUGGUGCUGCAUUACUGGGUGAUGCUGUUUGUGGCAUGGCUACGGCUAGGAUCACUUCAAGAGAUUUUUUGUUCUGGUUUAGGUCUCACUCUGCCAAGGAAGUCAAAUGGGGAGGAGCAAAGCAUCAUCCAGAAGAUAAAGAUGAUGGUCAAAGAAUGCACCCGAGAUCAUCAUUUAACGCUUUUUUGGAGGUGGUGAAGAGCAGAAGUUUGCCUUGGGAGGUUUCAGAGAUUAAUGCUAUUCACUCUUUACAGCUAAUAAUGAGAGAUUCAUUCCAGGAUAUGGAGGACAGUGGUUCGAAGGCAAUUGUCUAUGAUCGGCGGACAGACAUUGAGAUGCAGGGGAUAGAUGAACUAAGUUCUGUGGCAUGUGAAAUGGUUAGAUUGAUUGAGACAGCUACGGCACCAAUUUUUGGGGUUGAUUCAGCAGGUCUCAUCAAUGGAUGGAAUUCCAAAGUUGCGGAGUUGACUGGACUACAAACCAGUGCAGCAAUGGGAAAGUCCCUGGUUCAUGAAAUUGUUCAUGAGGACUCACGUGGAGUUGUUGAAAGUCUUUUGUGCAGAGCUUUGCAAGGUGAGGAGGAUAAAAAUGUUGAGUUGAAACUGAGAAAAUUUGGGCUUCAUCAGCAAAACUCAGCUAUAUAUGUUGUGGUCAAUGCCUGUACUAGUAGGGACUAUGCAAACAAUGUUAUAGGUGUGUGCUUUGUGGGUCAAGACAUCACACCUGAAAAGCUUUUCAUGGACAAAUUUCUCCGAUUGCAAGGAGAUUACAAAACUAUCAUAGAAAGUCUUAGUCCAUUGAUUCCACCAAUAUUUGCUUCUGACGAGAAUGCCUGCUGUUGUGAAUGGAAUGCUGCCAUGGAAAAACUGACAGGUACAACAAGACAAGAGGUGAUAGGUAAAAUGCUCCCUGCGGAGAUUUUUGGAGGUCUAUGUCGUCUAAAAGAUCAAGACACUCUAACUAAGUUUAUGAUUCUAUUGUAUCGAGGAAUUAGCGGUCAAGAUACUGAGAAGUUUCCAUUUGGGUUUUUCAACGGACAAGGGAAAUUUGUGGAGGUGUUCUUAACAGUGAAUAAAAGAACUGGACCAGAUGGGAGUAUAAUUGGCUGUUUCUGCUUCUUGCAGACUGUUGAGCCUGACCUCCAACUGGCCUUGGAUGGGCAUACGCAAGAGGAGCAAGUAAGCUUUCUUAAACUUAAGGAAUUGGCUUACAUACAACAAGAAAUGAAAAAUCCUCUGAGUGGUAUUCGUUUUACCCACAAACUUCUAGAGGACACAUCAAUAUCAGAACAUCAGAAGCAAUUCCUUGAAACAAGUGAUGCAUGUGAAAAACAGAUUAUGGCCAUAAUUGAGGACAUGGAUUUAGCAAGACUAGAAAAGGGCAGCAAUAUUGAGCUCAAGAUGGAAGAAUUCCUUCUGGGAAACGUUUUAGAUGCCAUCAUUAGUCAGGUCAUGAUCUUGCUGAGGGAAAGGAAUUUACAGCUUUUUCAUGAGAUACCAGAAGAAAUCAAAACAUUAUCCCUGUACGGCGAUCAAAUUAGGCUUCAGCUGAUCUUGUCAGACAUCUUGCUUAGCGUGGUUCACCAUGCACCUGUGCCAGAUGGCUGGGUAGAAAUUAAGGUUUCACCUGGUCUGACGUUGAUAAAGGAUGGUAAUGAAUUUAUGCGGUUGCAAAUCAGAAUGACACACCCUGGGAAAGGCCUUCCUUCUGCUCUCGUCGAAGAUAUGUUUGCAGGAGGAAAUCAAUAUUCUACACAAGAAGGCUUAGGGCUAAACCUUUCUCAGAAACUACUUAGUCAGAUGAAUGGUCAUGUUCGCUAUGCUAGAGAGCAUAAUAAAUGUUACUUCCUCAUUGACCUAGAAUUGAGGUCAAAGAAUGGAAGACAAAAAGGAAAGCAAGCUGAAGCAGCUACAUGAUUAUUUAUACAUGAUUAAGAAGCAAACUCUUGCUCAAUUGGCCUCUCAAUAUAUGUUAAAGAGUGGACCUCAAUUAUAUUGUGGUUCUAGUUCCUUUUUCAUUUAAUGCAUUACCAUUUCGACCACCUAAUUGUAUAUCUUCUACUUGCUAAUAAUGGCGUAAGGUAGCCUGUAUCGAUCUGUAUAUUCACCAUCUUAUCUAAAUAAAAGGCGUAAGUUAGUCUGUAUCAAUUUGUAUAUUCACAAUCUUAUCUAAACAAAAGUAUUGCCAUCCAGUUUAUCCAA